GAUGAAAAUGUGACAGGCUUGUUUUCAAUGGAUGAAUCAACAGGGAAUUUAUAUCUUCAAGACAGUCUUCUGAAACAGCUGGACAUCAAAACCGUCAAAUAUUAUGAUGUAAUUGUCAUGGCAACAGACAGCGGGCUCUUCCCCAAUUCAAUACAAGGCUCUCUACGAGUCAAGAUCAAACAUUCAGGCAACCAGCCGCCUUAUCUGGAGAAAACCAUGUUUAGUGUCUCGGUGCCUGAAUCCACUAAAAAAGGGAGACAAGUUCUCAAUGUUACCACCAGCGAUCCUGAUGGCGGGAACGUUACACUUAAAGUAGAUGGGAAAAUGUCCAGUGAAUUCACAUUCGACACGCACACUCUUAUAUCAGUGAAGGAACUGGAUUAUGAAGAAAAGUCAUUUUACAUCAUUAAAGCAAGUGCAAGUGACGACGAAAAUGACGUUCCUUUUUUCGUGCACAUUUCAGUGGAAAAUGUGUAUGAUGAAGCUCCUGAAAUAAAGCUUUCAGAUGUUCGUGAACUUCCAGAGGAGAUGGAAGUAGGGUCCUUCAUAAGUGGCAUAUACAAGGUCAAGGACAACGACAAGGAUGAUAAGCUCACGUUCGUUCUGAAUGGGAACGACAGUGCCUAUUUUGAAUUAGACGCCACCAGUGGGCAAAUGAGUAUCGCCAAGAAAAUAGAUGCUGAUGGGGAAGACGGACGCCAGAUGCUCGAUGGUUUAAACUUGACAGUGACAGAUAGGGGCGGACUGGCCUCGAGUGUAAUGUUCAACAUCUCCAUACGUGACAGAAAUGAUAACGGCCCCCAGUGUGAACCGAGAGUGUUAAAAUACUCUGUGACAGAAAAUACAACUGAUGUGAUAAAGGCCCUGAACUGCUCAGACAUGGAUGCCGGCACAAAUGGAGAAUUUUCUCUUCAGAUUAUGGGAAAAACAAUUGCCAACGCGUUCACCCUAAAUGACAGUGACCUCAUUGUGCAUGGCCAAAAUAUUGAUUUUGAAACCCUCAGAGAUAAUCCUAUGUUGAUCUCGAUAAUCGCAGUAGAUAAACCCGAUAAAGACAAGGCGAUGACGGCCACUGUCUUGGUGUUUGUCAAGGUAACAACAUGGGAACGUAUUUACAACUUAAAUUAAGUAAAUCUGAGUUAAUUCGGACAGGGAUAAUUCGAAAACCUCUUCUUAUUGUUUGCUGUUGCCAGUAAGUCUGGACAUUGUUUAGUCCGGUCGUUUUAGCUGGCAACGGUACCGUCUGUAUUGAGUGGGCUUUACUGCAUAAGGUCAUACAAUGAACGGUACACUGCACAGUUACGUCCCAUAGCAGGAAUAGGUUCAUAGUUGCUAUAAGUUUAUUUAUCAAGUUGAUGUUUCAAUACCCUGAAACAGGCGAACAGAUAUUGUGGCAACAGUGAAACAAAAUGUUGUUUUACGUCACAGUCAGCAAUCUUUUAGAAUAUUUUAUAGUGGACCUUUUUAUGAAUCUUGGCUAGGCGAACCAGUGGUUGAUAACAAGAACAACAAUCAACGCUGGGGAAGGGUGACAGUCAGGCGGUUCACACUUUGUAUCCACCCGAUUCUC